AUGUCCCAUUGCUCUGUUGAAGAGCUGCGUACAGGUUUGACAAAUGCUACAAAGGAGACGCACAGUCUCUGGGAGGAGAACAAGGAUCUGCAGGGUCGAUUUGUGAAUGACUUGAAUGAGAUUUCUCGGAUACAGCAGGCAAUAGCACAACUGGAGAGGGAACAUCGUCAAGAUCAAUUGCAGCAUGCACGCCAUUCAAUGACAGAAAUGCAAAGAAGGGCAUCGCAGUUAUAUUCGGUUUUAACAACGAAGAGAGAAGAAAUCGUCAAAAAAUUAAACGAUGGAACAAAUUUUGUUGCUCUGCUGCAGAAUCAAUUGAUUAGCGAUCGUCUUUUCGACUGGAAAAAUCGGCAGAAACUGGCGCAAGUGGGUGUACCAUUUGAUAAUCGUGACGUCACACUCGAUGAGAUACAAAUGGAGUUCGAGUUCCUUGCGGAGCAAAAUUGGCAGUUGCACAUGUUCGCUAGUUGGACGCUGGAUCUGCUGACUAGGGGACCGCAGAUCAAUGACAACCACGCUCAUUCGACUGCUUCGAAUCUAACGACAUUGGCUGAUCAACUCACAAAGCUUCUCUUCAUGCUGAUUUCACAGAGCUUUGUGGUUUCCGUGCAACCUGAACCUGUUCUGAAGACGCAGCACAAAUUCGUCACAGAGGUUCGUUUGCUGAUUGGUGACAAAUUGGGCAUUCGACAACAUUUGGUAAAUACGAAUGUCACCGUAAAGAUCAUCGCUGAGGAGGAAGCUAAACUACUCAGUGCGACGCAGAUGAAUCACAAAGACAUUAAGACUGUAGGCAGUAUUAGCAAUGACUACGAGAAAAUGACAAUGGACGAAAGAGGUCACAUGGCUGCCAAGUUCAACAAUUCGAAACUGACCCGCAUCGCCCAUCGCAAGCCACCACCGAAAGGAACAACAGCGGAUAUGAAAUGCACCGUUAGUGCCCAAGCAGCCACAGAUCAGAAGUAUGCACUUCUUUUCCAUAUAAGCCCGUUUCAACUGGGAACCCUCGGAAAAUUCGACGUGUGGACAUUAUCACUUCCGCUUAUGGUGACAGUACACGGUUCGCAAGACUGUGAUGCACAAGGAGCGAUUGUUUGGCAUCGUGCGUUCGCAUCUGUGCUGAGAUCGAUAUGA